UAUCGCUGAUGUAAUGAAAGUUGAGAUAACAGAAGAUCUGUUUACAUGUGAUCAGGUGAAGACUGAGGAGGAUGAAGUUCCUAUAAAUACGUCUACAGGUGAAUUUGCAAACUGCAGUAAUCCUAGUUUGAGUCAUGGUGAAUGUACAGAAAAUACUUGUUACAAUCUUCUUCACAAUCAAAGAAGCCACAUUGGAAAUUUAUGUUCUGAAUAUAGUAAAUGUUUUACCAGGAAAUCAAAUCUUUUAAGUUAUCAGAAAUUCUAUACAGCAGAGAAAGCAUUUUUAUGUUCUAAAUGUGGGAAAUGUUUUGCCAGGAAAGGAAAUCUUGUUACUCAUCAGAAAAUUCAUACAGGAGAGAAAUCAUUUUCAUGUUCUGAAUGUGGGAAAUGUUUUGCUCGCAAAUCACAUCUUAUUACACAUCAUAAAAUUCAUACAGGAGAGAAACCAUUUUCAUGUUCUGAAUGUGGGAAAUUUUUUACUGAGAAAUCAACUCUUAUUCAGCAUUAUAAAAUACAUACAGGAGAGAAAGCAUUUUCAUGUUCUGGAUGUGGGAAAUGUUUUACUGACAAAUCAAAUCUUAUUAGGCAUCAGCAAAUUCAUAGAGGAGAGAAAGCAGUUUCAUGUUCUGAAUGUGGGAAAUGUUUUACUGAAAAAUCAAAUCUUAUUAAGCACCAGAAAAUUCAUACUGGAGAGAAAGUAUUUUCAUGUUCUGAAUGUGGGAAAUGUUUUGCUCAGAAAUCACAUCUUAUUACACAUACAAAGAUUCAUAUUGGAGAGAAAUCAUUUUCAUGUUCUGAAUGUCGGAAAUGUUUUGCUCAGAAAUCACAUCUUAUUACACAUCAGAAAAUUCAUACAGGAGAGAAAGCGUUUUCAUGUUCUGAAUGUGGGAAAUGUUUUACUGAAAAAUCAACUCUUAUUAAGCACCAGAAAAUUCAUACUGGAGAGAAAGUAUUUUCAUGUUCUGAAUGUGGGAAAUGUUUUGCUCAGAAAUCAAAUCUUAUUACACAUACAAAGAUUCAUAUUGGAGAGAAAUCAUUUUCAUGUUCUGAAUGUCGGAAAUGUUUUGCUCAGAAAUCACAUCUUAUUACACAUCAGAAAAUUCAUACAGGAGAGAAAGCGUUUUCAUGUUCUGAAUGUGGGAAAUGUUUUACUGAAAAAUCAACUCUUAUUAAGCACCAGAAAAUUCAUACUGGAGAGAAAGUAUUUUCAUGUUCUGAAUGUGGGAAAUGUUUUACUGAAAAAUCAAAUCUUAUUAAGCACCAGAAAAUUCAUACUGGAGAGAAAGUAUUUUCAUGUUCUGAAUGUGGGAAAUGUUUUGCUCAGAAAUCACAUCUUAUUACACAUACAAAGAUUCAUAUUGGAGAGAAAUCAUUUUCAUGUUCUGAAUGUGGGAAUUGUUUUGCUCAGAAAUCACAUCUUAUUAGACAUCAGAAAAUUCAUACAGGAGAAAAAGCAUUCUCAUGUUCUGAGUGUGGGAAAUGUUUUAUCUUGAAAUCAUGUCUUAUUAGGCACCAGAAAAUUCAUAUUAAUAUAAAUCAGAGAAAUGAAAGCUUAACCUCUUAAAAGUGCAAGUCAACAUGUAGUCAUCAUUUACACAGAGUCUAGCUUUCUAAAGAUGACUACAUGUAGUCCUAUGGGGGGUGCAUAGUUAUGAUUGUUUAAGGCAUCCUUUGCAUCUCAAGUGCUUACAAGAUGACCCAGUGUGUUUCUCAUCCCUGGGGGGGGGUUGUAUGGAGAUCCUAUAUAGAUUUGAAUAGCCAAGUGAUCACCUGGUGUAAAUAAAAUCUUCAUUAUUUGAGUAGAAAGUCAUGGUAAAGAGCCCCUAUAUUCAGAUAAAAGUUAUUUAUGCGCUUUUGGAUUUAUUUAUAUUUUGAUAAACCCUUAUUUGAAUUGUAGGCACUAUUGAUGGCAUUAUAGUCAGGUGAUUACUGAGGUGACAGCUUUUUCCUAGCUGUAAUUUAAAGGGACAGUUUAUCCACAAUUUGACUCCCCUUUAAUAUGUUCCCAAUGAUCCAUUUUACCUGCUGAAGUGUAUUAAAUUGUUUACAAGUAGCUCCUUUAGCCUGUGGUAUCCCCACCUAUACUGAACGUUUCUAUACUUAAGUAUAGGCUAUUGACAAGUUAUAUAAACACAGCUGGAAGAAUAACUUGUAUUACCACUGGGGUGUAGGAGAUUAUCUCCAAGUAUUGGGCUUUGGUUUACAGACAGAUAUAAGAUAAGGAAGCAUGUGUGUAUACACAAAGUGAUAACAUUUAUGAGAUUGAUUUUACCUGGAAACCAAUUUUAAUAGGCUAUGGUUUCAAAACACAAAACCAGCUAUUUCAUAUAGACAAAUAAACCUAAAUUUAAAUUUCUCAUACAUUUUGUACUGGUAUAACAAGUCAUUGAAAACACAUUAAGGGAUUACAAUUUUUUACAGUACAAUGUCCCUUUAAAUUGACCAGGUGUACAGAGUAAGCCCCUAUGCUAACAUCAAAAGUCCAAGAGGCUUCCAAAAGCCCUGUUUUGUGUUUGCAUAAAAUGCAUUGUGCUGAAAUGUAACAAAAAAAAUAUUCAUUUAGGUUUCCAGUUCCUAAUUUCUAUAGAAAAACACUGAAUUAUUGUCAAAUUCUGUUUAUUUUAUGUUUAUUUUACCCAUUUCAAGUAUAGAUUCACACAUGUGUUGACUAUAUUUAAGAAAAUAAUUCAUACUGUAUUGUUUAUAAAAAUUGUAAUAAAAAUAUGAUAUUUUUUUUACA